UCUGUGGUCUUUGUGUGUCAUGGAUUUAGUAAACAGGUUUGCUGUUUUUAUUCUGGGUCUUCUCUAAGAUGCUGUUAAAAAGCUCACCACCCUCCAAAACACCUUCACAGGCCGCCGUCAUGCCGCCGGUGUUGAACAGCACAAACUACGAUUAUGACUACGACGUGGUCCAGCCCUACUUCUUCCUGAAUGGUGAAGAGGAAGACUUCUACCCUCCUCCACGCAGCCAGCUCCUGCCGGCUCCCAGCGAAGACAUCUGGAAGAAGUUCGAGCUGCUGCCUACACCUCCCUUGUCCCCCAGCCGGAGACCCUCCCUGUCUGCCGCCGACCACUUGGAGGCGGUGUCUGACCUCUUGGACGAUGACCACAGCUCCUCUGCAGCAUUUCUGCAGUCCUUCAUCAUCCAGGAUUGCAUGUGGAGCAGCAGCUUCGCCGCCGCCACAGAGCUGGAGAAGGUGGUGUCAGAGAGGCUGGCCUCGCUGCGGGCCCGCCGGGACUCCUGCAACACUAAGACCAUCACAGACAGAACAGCUGACGAGCAGGUGGGCGGGUCUCAGGUGAGCGCUGGGUACCUGCAGGACUUCCACACCUCGGUGACAGACUGCAUUGACCCCUCUGUGGUGUUCCUGGGUGAGAAGCAGAUGGAUGAUGGUGUGGCGAUGGAGGUGGGGUCUGAGCUGAGACUGGACUCGCCACCACCCAGCAGCAGUGACAGCGAAUCAGAAGAGGAAGAUGAUGAAGAGGAAGAGGAAGAGAUCGAUGUGGUGACAGUGGACAGGAGAAAGUCAUCUCGACGGUCCCACACCUCCCCUCUGGUCCUGAAACGCUCUCAUGUCAACAUCCACCAACACAACUACGCUGCCCAGCAACCCCCUGAGAAACGUGUGAAGGCGGAGAGCAGCAGCGCGGCACCGAGGCAGAGCGGCGGGCGCCGGUGCUGGAGCCCGAAAUCGGAGGGCGAGGACAACGACAAGCGCAGGACUCACAACGUGCUGGAGAGGCAGCGGAGAAACGAGCUGAAGAUGAGCUUCAUGGUUCUGAGGGACGAGGUCCCAGCGGUGGCCAACAAUGAAAAAGCGGCGAAGGUGGUGAUCCUGAAGAAGGCGGCGGAGUUCAUCAUGGAGGUCAGAGAGCAGGAGAGGAAGCUGUUGGCAAAGAAAGAUGAACUGAGGAAGAGGAGCAGAGAGCUGAAGCAGAGGCUGCAGCAGCUCAGGACUUCACAUUAACAUCUGCUCAGUCGUUCUAGUUUCUUCACUUCAGGUUUUAAAGCUAAAAUAAUGACCGACGUCACCUGAAUGCAGCACGCUGCCCGUGGGGCUCGCUGCUCGUCUGUAAUCAGGUUUUCUGUUUUUUAUUUAUUUUUGUUUUUAUUGACUAUUUUAAUUUAAAGUAGUUUUUCAGACAUUCCAGUUUAUGAGGCGACAAUGUGAAUAAAUAUGUGUCAUAACUUUAAUUUACAGCUGAUGAUGAACAAUAAUUUAAUUCACUAUUUAAUCCGUUCACUCCCUAAAGCUUUUGUAUUUGUGAUUGUGUAUUUUUAAUUUCAGAGUUCAUUUUUAUAUAUAUAUAUUGUUUUUGUUCAAAAGCUUUUUUUGCACUAAAAGUACAUCAGAAGUGUUUUCAUCCCUUCAGAAUAAAAGCCCUUCACAUGUUGGAGCUUCUCUUGAUCUCAAA